CUUAUAUCAUCUUCUUCCUAUUAUCAAUAUCGCCCCCAUAAGAAAAAACAAACAGAGAAGCUCAAAUCAAUCCCCCAGCAAUGGCGAAAACAAAGAAAGAAUUGCUGGCAUCAGCACCAUGGAGGGCGGGCCCACAAGAAAGCGAUGAGAAGUUCAAAGACGCGAGGCUCAAAGUGACGUCACAGCCUGGUACAACACCCACAAUGCACGUACCUGGCAAGAAGAAGUUUAACUCCCAAAACGACGGAAUUGGAGAAGACUCCCUCACUGAAAUCGACCCCGAACUGCGUUACAGUUUCCAGCGCAAUUUCCAGUUCCUCCAACGUGUUUUUAGCAUUGAUACAAUUGUCAAACCUCUGCCUCCUGCAAUGGCGUACAAUGUUUCACGCAAUUUGACCUUCUUCACAAGGAUCUUCACACAGUUCUUUGAUCCUGCUGGUAUAGCUGAUGCACAGAAAUCACUUGGACUGGGUCAAGAGGAAAAAGUACGCAAAGUACGCUAAGUUUUGAACUUCAGAUGCCGCCUGCUGUUUUCCUGGUUGCUGAUUCAUGACUUUUGUAAAAUGUAAUGAACAUGCAUAAUUGCCCUUAUCUGCCAAAUAUUCAUCUGCACUGUAGCUUCAGCAGGGAGCUUUUGUAUUUGGAUAAUGACUCGAUUAUAAUGUAGAUUCAGAUUCCGGGAA